CCAGAACGUUCUGUUGCGUGUUGAUUGGUUAUUGCGAGUGACGUCAUUGAUUCAGUUUAAGCCAAACCUCAACGAGAAGUAGUCAGUCUUUUCAGACAUUGCUUCACUUGCAAUUGGUCUACUGUCGCCGAAGCUCCGUGCUUGAGAAGGCAAUUGAGAAUGUCAAAAGCAGUCGGAAUAGAUUUGGGGACCACCUAUUCAUGUGUAGGUGUCUUUCAACAUGGCAAGGUUGAAAUCAUUGCCAAUGACCAAGGAAACCGUACCACUCCCAGCUAUGUGGCAUUUACUGAUACCGAGCGUCUCAUCGGAGAUGCUGCUAAGAACCAAGUUGCCAUGAACCCAGAGAGCACCGUUUUUGAUGCAAAACGUCUAAUCGGACGUCGAUUUGAUGACAAAUCAGUCCAGAGUGACAUGAAACACUGGCCGUUUACGGUCACAAAUGAAAACACCAAACCAAAACUGAAGGUUAUGUUCAAAGGAGAAGAGAAGACUUUCUUUCCUGAGGAAAUCUCUUCUAUGGUUUUAACUAAGAUGAAGGAAACAGCAGAAGCCUAUCUGGGCAGGACUGUAACAAACGUGGUGGUCACUGUCCCCGCCUACUUCAACGACUCCCAGAGACAGGCUACCAAAGAUGCCGGUACUAUUGCUGGUCUGAAUGUCUUGAGAAUCAUUAACGAACCCACUGCAGCAGCUAUUGCCUAUGGUUUGGACAAAAAGGUUGGUGGUGAAAGAAACAUUCUUAUCUAUGAUCUUGGUGGUGGAACUUUUGAUGUCUCCACUUUAACUAUUGAAGACGGCAUCUUUGAAGUAAAAUCAACAGCAGGUGAUACUCACUUGGGUGGUGAAGAUUUUGACAACCGUAUGGUAACUCACUUUGUUCAGGAGUUCAAGAGAAAAUACAAGAAAGAUCUGAUUGACAACAAACGUGCUGUACGACGGUUGAGAACUGCCUGUGAACGUGCUAAGAGGACCUUGUCUUCAAGCACCCAGGCCAGCAUUGAAAUAGAUUCUUUGUAUGAAGGAAUUGACUUUUACACCACCAUCACCCGAGCCAGGUUUGAGGAGUUGAAUGCUGAUCUCUUCAGGAGUACCCUUGAACCAGUUGAGAAAUCACUGCGAGAUGCUAAACUAGACAAAGCUCAGAUACACGAGAUUGUAUUGGUUGGUGGAUCAACUCGUAUCCCCAAGAUUCAGAGAUUAUUGCAGGACUUCUUUAAUGGCAAAGAAUUGAACAAGAGCAUUAAUCCAGAUGAAGCUGUUGCAUAUGGUGCCGCUGUUCAGGCUGCCAUCCUCUCAGGAGAAAAAGACAAAGAAGUACAAGAUCUGCUACUGCUUGAUGUAGCACCACUGUCCAUGGGUAUUGAAACUGCUGGCGGUGUCAUGACACCAUUAAUCAAAAGAAAUACUACCAUUCCAACCAAACAGACCCAAACUUUCACCACAUACUCAGACAACCAGCCUGGUGUGCUGAUCCAGGUCUAUGAAGGUGAAAGAGCUAUGACCAAAGAUAACAACUUGCUUGGAAAAUUUGAGCUAACAGGCAUCCCUCCAGCACCUAGAGGUGUUCCUCAAAUUGAGGUAACCUUUGAUAUUGAUGCAAACGGUAUCCUGAAUGUAUCGGCCACAGAUAAAAGUACAGGCAAAGAGAACAAAAUUACCAUCACAAAUGACAAAGGCCGUCUCUCUAAAGACGACAUUGAAAGAAUGGUUAACGAAGCUGAAAAAUAUCGACAGGAAGAUGAAGAGCAACGCCUGCGUGUUUCAGCCAAGAAUUCUUUGGAAAGUUACGCUUUUAACAUGAAAUCAACAGUAGAGGAUGAGAAAGUGAAGGACAAAAUUAACGAAAGUGAUAAGAAAACAAUUAUUGAUAAAUGUCAAGAAGUAAUUAGUUGGCUAGAUCAGAAUCAACUGGCAUCAAAAGAAGAGUUUGAACAUCAACAAAAAGAAAUAGAAAAAGUCUGCAACCCCAUCAUCACAAAGCUCUAUCAAGCUACUGGUGGCAUGCCCGGUGGUAUGCCAGGAGGUAUGCCUGGUGGUAUGCCAAAUUUCGGAGGUUCCACUGAUGGUGCAACAUCAGGAGCAGGCAGUGGCCCUACCAUUGAAGAGGUUGAUUAAAACCUUUUUCAUUCUAUAUUCUGGGCACAUCACAUUGCUUCCCUCUUAUAUUUAUUUUAACAUUUUUAUAUAAGUUUUUCAAUGAAAAGUAAGCUCUCUCAGCAUUGAGAGUUCAUUUGUCUAAGCUUUAAAUUAGGUGCACAUUUCACUUGCAUCUUCACACUAGCAAUAUAAAGUUUAUUUCUCUGAUAUAUGUAAAACAAAUUAUAGCUUUGUUUAUUGUUUAUAGAAUUCUUUAGGACUAGUAAACAUAAUCCUACUAAUUAUAUUUAGCUUUAUAGGGCUCUAUUUUAUGCCAAAAUCACAUUUCCCCCCCUUUCUACAAAGAAAUUGCUUAAAAAUUUAAAAUUUAAUAGUUGUCAAACUCCAAUUGUUAAUGCUGAAAAAAAAAAAAUUCUCUGAUUCAAA